AUGUAUUUACUAACAGAGGUAACAAAUUUCAAAGCCAUAUCAAAUUCAAUUAGCUUAAAUGUUCAUGAUUACAAAUUUUUGUUGGUCAAUGCGGGAAAUUCAGUACGAUUUUAUAAGUAUGCCAAUAAUGAAUUAGUUUUUAAAAUGAGUUCCAAUCUAAGAUCAAAUAUACUAUCAUGGACAAAUUUUACUUAUAAAUCUAAACAAUAUAUCCUUUUAGUUGAUGAUAUAUACUACUUACAUGUAAUGGAUAUCAAUUCAACCAAAAUUGUUGAUGAUCUUACUGUCACGAUUAGAUGUAUAGCCCAACUUUCAACUAAAGGUCAGCAACAAGCACCAGAUAUUGAAAAGCCAAUAAUGAUACCACUGAGUCCAACAGAUCCUAAUUUUAUUUUAUGCCAUUUAUUCCAAACUAAUAUUCAAAUGAUACCAGUCUCUGAUAUAGCUAAAUCUGCUUCAGAUUCACAAGAACCAUUAAACAUUCUUUCUGCACCGAUUGGUAAUAUUGAUAUUAAACAGAUUGUAUCAUUAAAUGAUGGCUCAGAAAAGAACAAGAGCCCUUCAUUUGCUGCAUUAUAUAAAGAUAUAACAUCAUCUUACUACAUAAGAGUUCUACAAUACAAUCCAAAAGAGAAUAAUUUUAACAUAAGUAGACAAUUUUCAAGUUUUGAUGAAAGUCCAUCUUUAAUAUUUUCAUAUCAUCAAAAACUAGGUGGGAUAUUUGCUUUAACAGAUUCAAGUUUAUUUUAUUUUCCACCCGAACAUUAUCAAUACGUAUCAUCAUCAAAACUAAUUAAAAAUGUCUUCAUUCUGACCAAGUCAAAAGAUAAUUACUUGGUCCUAACAGUCAGUAAACCGAGUAGAGGUAAAAACGUUAUGAUAUAUAAAUCAUUUGAAUAUAUUGAUGAAUACAGAACUUUAUUAGUCACUGCUGAUGGUAAAUGCUUUAUGCUAUAUAUGGAUGUUGAAGUAUCCUCAAGAAAUUCAUUAGUCAUAAAUCAAAUAAAUAUGAUAGAUUUGGGAGAUUUGACUAUUCCUUUGUAUGGUGGUUUACACCAUUUAGGAUCUAAUAAAUUUAUUCAAUUUUCAAAAGUUUCUAGGUCAGUACUAUUUGAAAUUUUACCAAAUAGACCAAAUAUUAAUAUUCUUGAUUAUAUUGAAUCUAGUCCACCCGUAUUGGAUAUUAAAACCGGCUACAAACCAGAAGAAAUUUAUACUUGUCAAGGUGGUUGGGAAGGUAGUGAAUUAAGAAAAUAUGCAGAGCCUAUUUGUGAUUAUAAGAUUUUAAAAUCAAACAAAAUUGAAAGUUAUUCACCAUUUAAGAUUGGUAGAGUAGACAAUAAAUUUGUCUUUGGAGAUCUAUUAAAAAACACCACUCCCCGUAAAGCGAUUUAUAUUAAUGAUGACCUUGAAGCAAGUAUUGAAGAGCAAGAAUUUGACUUAGAAGUUUUGGAUAUGCUUCGUACACCUGAAACUGAACUAAUAAUUACAUCUAAAGCGUUAAAGCACAACACAAAUACAAUUUUAGAAGCUCCGAUACAAUUUGGAAAGAUAAUUCCUGAAUAUGGUGUAGUUCUUAUGGUUUCUGGUGAAAAAAUAUAUCUAUAUGAUUAUUUCAAAGGUAAAAUUGAAGAAAUUAAGCUCAACGUAGAUGAUGGAGAAGUUUCAAGUAUUGAUGCAUAUCGUUCAAAUGAUGAAUUCUGGAUUAUCAGUACUUUUUAUUCGGGUUUAUAUCAAGUGUGGCAUGUCAAUGAAACUUCCAAACAAUUACAACAUUCAGAUUCAAUAAAGGGUGAAAGUCCAUCGGCUAUUUACUCAUGUUGCAUCGCGAAGGAUAAAACAAGUGACAGUCUCACAUUUAGAGUGUUUUUGAUGUCCUUAAAUGGCUCACUUUUACAGCUCCUAUUUUCCUUCCAUUCAAAUACAUUUAAACUAAUUUAUUCAAACCUAUCAGUAUUGAAUCAAAGCUUACCAUUACUUAUUAUAAGAAAAUUUGAUGACAUAGUAAUUUACAACUCAAAAAUGGUUUAUAUUCCACAAAUUCUCUGUCCUUCUAGAAAUUAUUGUUACACUAAAAUCCCCAAAAAGGGUAUUGCAAAUAUAGAAUUUGUCGAAGGCGAAGAAGACCAAGUUAUUGUUUUCUUUGAAAAUGGUUUAAUUGAAAAAUGGGGAAUCGAUUUUCUUGGAGUAACUUCUCGUACAAUCGAGCCUCAAUCAAUAUUUUCAAACAAAUUAUUUGUAAAAUGUUUACCCAUGUCUGGUGGUGAAUACAUGGUUGCUGUCUCUUAUGAUCAAUAUAAUCCUAAUACAGAUUUCACAAGUGAACUUUUACUCGUUGAACUACAUUCCUUCACAGUUGUGGAUAGAUUUAAGUUAUACAAUAAUGCAGAGGUGUCCGAUUUGUGUGAAUUUGAAGGUAAAGUUGCAAAUCUAGUGCAUACUGAUUACAAAAAGUUUGUUUGCUUAACGUCAUCAGAUAAAAGUUCUUUAUAUAUAUUUUCAAUUCAAGAUCUGAAAUUAAAAUUGAUAAAUAAAGAAGCUAUACCAAAAGUGGAUUUAAAUACCGAAGUCAAAUUUCUGAGCAUAAGUCAAAUUCCUCAUGAUCCAAAUAAAUUGGAUAAUGGAGUACUUUUUUUACUAUCAGGAAAUAUAAUUAUGCAAAUUCAAUUAAUAGUUGAAGAUCGUACCUACAAAGCAGUAUUACAUCAGACAGAAGAUAUUCAACCCGCUGCUUCAUUUACAGUUGCUCAGUCAUGUGUUAGUAAUAAAGUAGCAUAUUUGGCUGAUGCUUUAGAUGGUAUAUUUGAAUACAAUAUUUCACCUAAUAUAUCGUUGUCAAAAGCUAAGAUUGAAAAUGCACCCGAGGAGAAUUAUAGUGACUUAAACCAGUUACUUACUUGUUUGUCAGUUGCUAAAUCAGACGAAAUCUCAAAUAUUUUAAUAUCAGGAGAUUCACUUGGAAAUAUCAGAAUAUUUGACAGAGAUACUAAUACUGGCGUUACCAUACUUACCUCCAAAUUCAAUAUUGAUCUUGGACAAAUCAACGCAAUUACUACCGUGAACCGUCCAUUCAAAUACGGCCAACAUUUAGCUACAAUUGGUAAUUUAUCAGGUGGACUUUACAAUUUAUAUGAUAUCACAUCUCAAGAAAUGAAACAAAUUUUAAUACUGUGUGAUCUUGAAUUAGAUAACUACGGAGAGAAAUUUAGAAUUAUGAAUAUGGAUUACAAAGAAAUUGAUGCAGGUAACAUCUUAAUACCUGAAACUUCUGCGUAUUCUAAUAUAAUUGACGCUAGAGCUAUUAAAUCAUAUUUGGGAAAUUAUGAAAAGAUACUGAAAUCAUCGGAAUUUGAAACAUUAGCCAAGUAUAAAGAUAAAUUGAGUGAUCUUAUAGACCAUUGCAAAUAA